CGGGGGCCCUGUGUGUGCGCGCGUAUGUGUAUGUGUGUGUGUGACAGGGGGAGAAAAAAGGAAAAAGAGAAAGAAACGGAGAAAGAGAGAACUGCAACCAAUCUGGGUUGCAGUUUGACCAGGUCUGAACGCGGAACCAAGAGCGUAUUAUAAGUCCACGGAUUGUUUCUUUUCUGACCCGGGCGCGCACGGAUAUUUUUGGAGUGCGCUGGAAUAGUGGAAAACAACCGGAAUUGUAAAUUCUGCGAGGUAUUGUCUGUGGAUUUUAUUGCACCGAGGAGCAGCUUCACCAGACCAGAAGAGUGGAUUUGAACGCGUUUCAAAGUCCGAAAACAUUUAAGAACGCGCAAGUUUUUCGCUAACUCGAUUGCAUUUUUUGCCAGCGAUGUCUCUGUCUUUGUAAUUUGAAGCGGUGAAUAAUUACUUGUUCCCUUUAAAUCUGUAGUGCAUUUAACAUUUAGAACUAUUGCCUUGUAUGUCCGCUUUACAAACAUUGUACCUGACAGCAUUCUUCUAAGAUGAAUGCAUUUUAAUGUUCGUAUACUCUUUGUGUAGUAUGUUGUAUUUUAAUGCAAUAUAAUAUUGUGCCUUAAAAACUAAUGUUGUGGCUUUGCCACCGAUAUACGGUGCUCGGCUGUGCACGCGCUGCACAGCGUUCGGCAAACAUUAAUGUUGCACGACCACAGAGAUUGUUUUGAAUCGCGAAGAUCUGAACGUAAAUAAGAACACAUCUAGAGUUUCAAGUUGUCGUAUGUUCAGGACGAAACGCUCAGGUCUUGUGCGGCGACUCUGGAGAAGCCGUUUGAUUCCAGAUAAAGAGGGGGGCGAUGGAUAUGGCAAAAGCGGCGAGGGGUCUCGGGACGAUCUACUUGGCACCAACCCAGAGAAAAUUCCCAAGACGGAGUUCAGACCGAUGACCCCGAGCGGGUCUCUUGGCGUGGACUAUGGGGAACUGUGUACGAGGAAUCCCACUGAGCGCGGCGGAAGCUCAUCGGGGGGAGUUUUGGACCAAGAUGGGGGUACGGUGUGUGUUCUGGAGCAGGGAAGCCCUCGGUCUGUGCAGGACAGUGAUUGUAGAACAGUUACUUGCUGUUUGUUUAAAGAUCGGGACCAUCAUUCUGGAUCUAGAAGCCCGGAGGCGGCUCAAGGUAAAGAGCCAGGCUCGUGUCAGUUCGCGUUGAGGAACAUUGGGUCUUCUCGGGACCCAGGUCUUUUUGAGAGCCAGGAGACGAAACCUCGCUCCGUCAUGGAGCAGGAGCUCAAGACCGCCACCUAUUCGCUAUUGAAAAGGCUAAAAGAGAAAACGUUGGAUACUUUGUUGGAGGCCGUGGAGUCCAAAGGAGGGAUGCCGAGUGACUGUGUAAUGGUAUCGCGGACUGAGCUGCGUCUGGGUGGUCACAUGGCUCCUCCACAGCUGCUUAUCUGUAAGCUUUACCGGUGGUCAGAUCUUCAGCACACUGCCCAGCUUAAAGCACUCUGUGAGUGCAAGAGCUUCGGUGCUCAGGACGGUCCGGUUGUGUGCUGCAAUCCAUAUCAUUACAGCAGACUGUGUGGGCCAGAAUCACCCCCACCUCCUUACUCAAGACUUUCCCCCAGCGAAGAACAUAAGCCACUGGAUCUGUCUGAUUCCACACUGUCUUACACUGAAACAGAGGCUGCCAGCUCGCCAAACGCCACCCAAGGGGAAUUCUCAGAUGCCAGUCUGUCACCUGACGCCGCCAAGCAGAGUCACUGGUGUAAUGUGGCAUACUGGGAGCACCGGACGCGGGUGGGCCGCCUCUAUACGGUGUACCAGCCUGCCGUCAGCAUAUUCUAUGACCUACCUCAAGGCACGGGCUUCUGUCUCGGCCAGCUGAGCUUGGAUCAGCGCAGUAGCACCGUGCAGCGGACGCGCAGGAAGAUCGGCUAUGGCUUGCUUCUCAGCAAAGAGCCGGAUGGGGUCUGGGCCUACAACCGCAGUCAGCACCCCAUUUUUGUUAACUCGCCUACUCUGGACGUACCGGGGAGUCGUAGCCUAGUGGUGCGCAAGGUGAUGCCGGGGUACUCCAUCAAGGUGUUUGACUUCGAACGCUCAGCUGUACUGAGACAGGGGGCGGAGUCUGAGCUGCUGGAAGGACCGUAUGACCCGAACAGUGUGCGCAUCAGCUUCGCCAAGGGCUGGGGCCCUUGUUACUCUCGCCAAUUCAUCACCUCCUGCCCUUGCUGGCUCGAGAUCCUCCUCAGCAACCACAGAUAACACACGCAGACACACACGUGGACGGACUAUUGGACUCCACAAACUAUCCCAAAUAUCACCUACUUAGAUUUAAUAUAAAGUUUUAUAUAUAUAAGAAAUAUAUAUUAUACUUGUAAAUACUGGAGUCAUUUUUACGAUGUAAUUAUUUAUGUAUGGUGCAAUGUGUACAUGGACAAGAGGAAAAAAAACAGGAAAUGCACUUUGGCUUAUAUAUUAUAUAUAUAAAUAUCUAUUAUAGAUAAAGAACCUUUCAGUACCAAUUUGAAAAAUUAUACAGCAAAAAUAGGAAGAGCCUGGUUUUGGUGUAUUGUUUUCAUAUACUAUUAAUAUCCAGAUGAAAAGCUAACACCAUUCACACAUUGAUAAUAAAGUAUUCGCAUAAUAUCU